AUGCUUCCCGACGGCACUGGCAAAGCACACACAUGGACACAGCACCUCGGCACGCGGCGACCACGAAUUCGCGCCGGCGUGCGGCUCGAGCGGUCUCGCCUUGCCUGCCGCCGCCAUCGCCCGCCACCACAAGCCCCGACGGCGCCGCCGGUUUCGCGCAGGAACCCGACGCCGCUCGCCGACAUGGGCUUCUGGGGGCAGUCGCAGGAGGCCACCAUCGGCUUCCUGCGCCACGCCGAGCUGAAGCACGGACGCGUUGCGAUGGCUGCGUUUGUCGGCUUCUGCCUGCAGUCGAACGGCGUGCACUUCCCGUGGGCGUGCACGCUCGAGGGCACCACCUUCGGCGACAUCGCCGCGGCGGGCGGCCCCGCCGCGCAGUGGGACGCUCUGCCCACCAACGCGAAGCUGCAGAUCCUCCUGCUGAUCGGCUUCUUCGAGCUUCUCUCCGAGAACACAUAUGCGCUCGCGCAGUCUGGGCAGAAGCACUACAUGCGCGGGGGCAAGCCGGGCGUCUUCCCCUCCCUCAAAAAGGUGCCGCUCGACUUGUGGGACCCGUUCGGCUUCACCGCGAAGAUGUCGCAGGAGAAGAAGGACGCCAAGCUCGUGACGGAGCUCAACAACGGCCGCGCCGCGAUGCUCGGCAUCAUGGGCUUCGUCGCUGCGUCCAAGGUGCCGGGCUCAGUCCCCGCGCUCGACGGCUUGAUCGCGCCGUACAGUGGCGAGGUGAUGGCGCCCUUCUCGGCGGGCGAUUCGGCGCUCCCCUUUGUCGAGGGCAUGCUCAAGGCCUCCCCCUUCUAG